UCCUGGUGUAAACCUUCAAAGAGGGAAUUAACAGGACACCAUGGACCAGCAACUGAAGAAAAGGGGAACGACACCUAGCCAGAAAGGCCUGGGUAGAAGAGCUGCCAGUAGGGACAAGUCGCUGCCAGCCCAGCAGGAACCUCCUGACACGACAUGGAUCUUAUGUGAUGACGAUGUGUGCUAUGAGACUAGCUUCCGGGUUGUCGAAGAGGAUUCCUUCUCUGACUGUUACAUAGAAUGCAUAAUAAGAGGUGAGUUUUCUGAACCUAUCGUGGAAGAGGACCCACUCCUUCAGUCCUUUGAAUGUCUGAAAGAAGGACCAAAACAAGACCUUUCUCAACAGGUUCUUGCGGCAAGCUCACUUCUUGAAUGUUCCUUGGAAUACAUGAAAAGGGGCGCAAAACAAGAACUUCCUCAACAGAUUGCUGGAGAGAAUCCACUUCUUGAGUUUUCUGAGUACAAGCCAAGCAAGAAGCUUCCUCCCAGAGGAAUACCCAACGUGGACUUUUCAGAACCUAAACAGUUCAUGGGAUGUACAAGAAGCAAGCCAAGUACAAAUAAAGAAUAUGGUGCUCCAGAAAAACAUGUCUGUCCUCACGAUGGAUGCAUAAGAGAGUUCAAGAAUAAAACAUCCCUGAGAAAGCAUCUUCGAGUUCAUAAUCCCCGAGAUCAUGUGUGUGCAGAAUGUGGGAAAGCCUUCAAGGAAAGUGCAAAGCUAAAAAGACAUUUUCUGGUUCAUACUGGAGAGAAGCCAUUUCCAUGCACUUUUGAAGGGUGCGGAAAACGCUUUUCCCUGUCCUUCAACUUGCGUACACACGUGCGCAUCCACACUGGGGAGAAACCUUUUGUGUGUCCUUUUGUAGGCUGCCGCAAGAAAUUUAUUCAGUCAAAUAACAUGAAAGCCCACCUCUUGACUCACGCAAAGGCCAACAGGAGUCUGUGAGAAAAGAUUAAAAAAUAAUCAUCAAACAGGAUAGGCAUAUAUUAACUAAAGAGUUACUGGGAACAAAUAUGCCUCAUUGAUAAUUGGUUCAGAAAACAAUUUUA